AAAUAAUUUCGUGUAAAGUUUAAUUUAAAAAAAAAAAGGCAAUUAAGUCGGUGAAAAAUGAGCAGCAAGCAACGUAAACUUCCAGAAUGGAUGGUUAAGGGUGCUAAGAAGUCAAAAGAAAAUGCAGAAAGUAAGAAGAUCCCGAAAAGAAAUUGGAAAAGAAAUCCAAAACCUUUAAAUUUGUUUAACGAUGAAAAAAAUAAGCUGAAUUUAAGUAACAACGAUAAUUCAGCAACUUAUUCAUCAGACAGAUUUGAAUCCAACAGCAAAGAGUUCAUUACAUACUCAGGAAAGAUCCAUUAUAUAACUGAUUUCUACGAUUGUGCUGAAACUUUUGAUAAGUUACUUAAACAAAUUGAUGAGGAAUCAAAAGACUUGAAUGAGCUACCAGUAGCGUUUGACAUGGAGUGGUCAUUUAAUUGGACCUCAGGACCUGACAAAACAGCAGUCAUUCAAAUUUGCUGUGAUCUAGAUAAUUGCUACAUUGUUCAAGUCUCAAAACUGAAAAGAAUUCCAGCGUCAUUUGUAGCAUAUCUCAAUCAUCCAAAAACAGUUUUACAUGGAGUUAAUAUUAAGAAUGAUUUUAGAAAGCUAGAGAGAGACUUCCCAUACAUUAAAGCAGAUCCAUUAAUAGAGAAGUGUGUAGAACUGGGAACAUUCUAUAAUCAAGUAUUUAACAGCUCUGAAAGAUGGAGUUUGGCUAAUCUGGCACUUCAGACGCUUAAACAGAAGGUCGAUAAAGCAAGACAAGUCAGAAUGAGCAAUUGGAACAUGCCAUUGUCAGAAAAUCAGCUGAUGUACGCUAGUUUGGAUGUUUACGUUUCACAAAAGAUUUACUACUUUAUUAAAGAAAAUCAAACGGAAAACUCGCAAAAGCUUGAAGGAUUUUUCUCUGUCUACACUGAAGCUUUGAGCCAUGACAGAAGCACGAACAUUAAUGAUGAGAUUGAAAAAUUGUUAAAUUUAUAAUAAAUAUUUAUUUUACCAAAAAGAACAAUUGAUGCUCAUAAAGAAACAUUGGAAGCUCAAUUUUAAUUAUUUGAAGGACUUUUGCAUGCAUAAUAUGAUGAUGUGGCUGAAAAUCGAAACAUUUGCCAUUAGUUAUUAAUUAUUUUUAUUAAAACGAUGAAAGUUUCCACUGUGCGAAUGAAUAAAAAUUGUUGCUAAUUUGCG